GGUUAGAAACAUCUAAACCCUCCUUCUCCCCACCACCCCCAACCGCCGCCGCCGCCGCCGCGCCUGACGCGGUGAACUAUCGCGAUGUCGCCCGCUGCCGCCGCCCCCGCGCCAUGCGAUGAUCGCAUCCGCACCUUCGAGGACUUCGCGCGGGUGCACCAGUUCCUGCUGAUUGCGGCCGGCGUGCCGCCGUCGCUGCAUCGGCGGCUGUACCGCAAGCUCGCCGAUGAGGUGUUCGACGGCGGGGAGAGAUUCUCCGUCGAGCCCUGCGAGGAAGGGAGGCAGCGCCGCCUCGUGCUCGCCUCGGACACGGCUCUAAGGGGGGAGUCGGACGUCUUCCUCGUCGACCACGCGUGGUCCUUCCGCCUCUCCGAUGCGCUCAAACAGCUACGUGAAGUACCAGGAUUGGCUGAGAGAAUGGCAGCUCUAAUGUGCGUAGAUCUGGAUAGGAGAACUGAGGUCGAAGAGUCAGAUGAGCAAGGCAGUGAAAAUGGUGGGGGUUUGGAGCAUGUCUUGCAGGUGGUGGAGAAAGAAAGGAUUAGAGUCCAGGAGUCGGGAAGUGAUGUUGCAGCAUGGCUGGAGCUCGAGGAGCUUGGAAUUGAUGAUGAUAUGUUAGUGGCACUGGAUUUAUCUGCAAAUUUUCCGAAUCUGGUAGCCCUCAAUCUAUGGGGAAACAAGCUGCAGGAUCCAGAAAAAGUAAUGCGAGAAAUCGGGAAGUGUGGAAGGUUAAAGGCACUUUGGUUGAAUGAGAACCCUAUCCUUAACCAAUGCACUGAGAAAGAUGUUCUUGAUGGUCUCCCUGAAUUGGAAAUCUACAAUUCACAUUUUACAAGGAAAGCUAGAGAGUGGGCUUUAGGUUUCUGUGGAGAUAUGGUUGGAGCAGAAAAUCCCUGUUUGUCUGUGGGAAACAUAUCAUUGGAUAAUAUUGUGACUCUUGACCUUUCUGAUAGGUGCAUCCACAAAUUACCCGAGGUGUUCUCCCCUAGUAAACUGUCAUCUCUUUCAAAGUUGAACAUCCGUGGCAAUCCUUUGGACGAAAUGUCUGGCGAUGAUCUCUUGAAGUUAUUUAGUGGGCUUACACAGCUAGAGGAAUUGGAGGCAGACAUUCCUGGCCCUCUUGGAGACAGUGCGAUUUCCAUUCUUGAGUCUCUUCCCAGUAUAAAUUUGCUGAAUGGUGUCAAUGCGUCAACUAUAGUCGAGAACGCUAAGCAUGUAGUGGACUCUGCACUUAAACCACGUAUUCCAGAAUGGUCACCUGAAGAAUCCCUGGCUGAAAGAGUUAUUGGUGCAAUGUGGCUGUAUCUUAUGACAUACCGGCUUGCCGAUGAAGAAAAGUUUGAUGAAACACCCAUUUGGUAUGUCAUGGAUGAGUUGGGCUCAGCCAUGCGCCAUAGUGAUGAUGCAAACUUUAGGAUAUCUCCUUUUUUGUUCAUGCCAGAAGGAAAAUUAGCUUCUGCUAUAAGUUACACAAUUCUGUGGCCUAUUUGUGAUGUUCAUACUGGAGAAGAAUGUACCCGAGAUUUCUUGUUUGGUAUUGGCGAAGACAAACAACGCUCAGCUAGGCUUACAGCUUGGUUCCACACACCAGAGAAGUAUUUUAUUCAGGAAUUCAGGAAGUACCAGGAGCAGCUUCAAUCAACUAGUAUUUGUCCUGCAGAAGAGGCGCCCUCAACCAAAAGUGUACGUCCAAGUGAUGGCCGUCCACUUCGAGUAUUUACUGAUAUACCCCAAGUAGAGGAGUUCUUAACACGUCCAGAGUUUGUUCUCACAACUGAUCCGAAGGAUGCAGACAUCAUCUGGGCAGGCAUGCAAAUUGAUUCUGAAUUAAAGAGUUCACUAGGUCUCACAGACCAACAAUACAUGAAUCAGUUUCCUUUUGAGGCUUGUCUAGUCAUGAAGCACCACUUAGCGGAUACUAUCCACAGGGCAUGGGGCUCACCUGAGUGGCUUCAACCUACAUAUAACCUAGAGACCCAUUUGUCUCAACUAAUUGGUGAUUACUCUGUGAGGAAACGGGAUGGUAAGGACAACUUAUGGAUCAUGAAGCCUUGGAAUAUGGCGAGAACAAUUGAUACCACUGUCAGUGGUGAUCUAUCUGCUAUCAUCAGACUUAUGGAGACGGGUCCCAAGAUAUGCCAGAAGUAUAUUGAGUGUCCUGCGCUUUUCCAAGGAAGAAAGUUUGACCUUCGGUACAUUGUUUUGGUCCGCAGUAUAUGCCCUUUGGAUAUACUUCUUUGUGAUGUUUUUUGGGUCAGGUUAGCAAACAAUCAGUACACUUUGGAGAAAACUAGCCUUUUUGAGUACGAGACCCAUUUCACUGUGAUGAACUAUAACGGAAGGAUGAACCAUAUGAAUACUCCAGAGUUCGUCAAGGCGUUUGAGAAGGAGCACCAAGUUAAAUGGCUGGAGAUUCAUGAAAGCAUACGUAUUAUGAUAAGGCGUGUCUUUGAGUCAGCCUCAGCUGUCCAUCCUGAGAUGCAGAACUCAUUCUGUCGGGCCAUCUAUGGUGUUGAUGUUAUGCUUGAUGAUAAAUUCAAGCCAAAGAUUUUGGAGGUGACAUAUUGCCCGGACUGCACGAGGGCAUGCCAGUAUGACACACAAGCUCUCGUUGGAAGCCAGGGCCCCAUCAAAGGCAGUGAUUUUUUCAACACGGUGUUUGGCUGCCUUUUUCUCGACGAUUUGACGAAUGUGUCACCACUGUAAUCAUCUUGUCAAGAGCUGUUUCCCCCUGAAUGUCAAGAGCUGUUGUAACACCAAUGUCCUUGCAUCAUGAUAUGAUGAAGGGUUCUUGUACGUUUAUGCAUCAACGAACUGCAUUUGUGACAGGAUAGAAACUCUGAUAUGAUCAUGUAUUUAUGUGAAUGAAGCUUAAGAUGGGAUUUGCUUGUGUUACUUGAUAAAUAUUGCUGUUUCUGAUACUAA